AUGCCAUCUGAAAACUGUUGUGAUGAUGAAACAAUUGAAAAAAAUUCGAUGCCAGAAGAUGAUCCAAAUGGAAAUACAAUUCAUGAUGCAAGAGAAAUGCGAUGGGGACCACAACAUGCAGGAGCCAAAAUAUUAGCAAGUCAAUAUACUACAGUGUUAGGAAUACUGACAGCUGAUUUUGCAAGUGGAAUUGUUCACUGGGGAGCUGAUACAUGGGGCUCGGUGGAUAUUCCACUAGUUGGCAGAAAUUUUUUACGUCCAUUUCGCGAACAUCAUAUCGAUCCAACAUCUAUAACGCGCCAUGAUUUUAUCGAAACGAAUGGCGAUACUUUUGCUGUUACAGUACCAUAUUUGUUAUACAUGGCAUAUAAAUUCACAUAUUGGACUGAAAGUGAUAUUAGGAAACUUUAUAAUUUUGAAGUAUACAUGUUUUUACUGGGAGUAUUUGUGUCGUUAACAAAUCAAUUUCACAAAUGGUCUCAUACUUAUUUUGGUUUACCAUCUUAUAUUGUUUUUCUACAAAAAUAUCACAUUAUUCUACCACGCAAACAUCAUCGUCUGCAUCAUGUUAUGCCACAUGACACCUAUUUUUGCAUCACAACCGGUUGGCUAAAUUAUCCCUUAGAAGUGAUUAAUUUUUGGUCAAGAUUAGAAGUUAUCAUCGAGAAAUACAGUGGAUCGAAGCCGAGAAGUGACGAUUUCAAAUGGGGACAAAAAACUCUGUGA